AUGUGCUCAACACCAGACGUCCAGAUCUGGACGGAGUCGAACGUGUCUGAUGUAGACGAGAUCUCAAAGUUUCUAGCUUGCUCCGAGAUCAGUUCUCUGAACUCUGGCCCAUCAGUUGAUGUCCUCGUUCUCUGCGGCAACGCCAUUUUGCCCAUAGCCGAGGGGGUCUUCUCUGCCAUUGAAUCCAGACCAGAUAUAGCAAAAACGCUGGUGAUAUGUGGAGGUGUCGGCCACUCGACGUCUUUUCUCUACGAAGCCGUGCGCAAAAGCAAGUACUCUGCCAUUCUGCCCGAGAUAAAUGGACUUCCGGAGGCAAGAGUACUCGAGCGCAUCAUGGUCGAUUUCUUCCCACGCCUCGAUGCUUUAGUCAAAUCGAACGCUGUCAAGCUUAUCAUUGAGGACAAAUCAACAAAUUGCGGUGCCAACGCGAUGGAGACAAGACGUGUCCUUGAUGGUGAGAAUAUCUCACCCCGGUCUCUCAUCGUCGUGCAGGAUCCUACGAUGUCACUACGCACCGUCGCUGCCUUCAAGCAUACAUAUGGCGAUUACUCGAAACCUCCUGUUUUCUUCGGCUGUCCAAUUUUUGUCCCCAUGCUUUCACUUGAACACUCUACCAAGCAUGCCGUUCUCAGUGUGUCAGGACUCUCUGCGUCAGAUCUUUGGGAAUCUUCCCGAUUUCUUGAUUUGCUCAUGGGCGAGAUACCACGGCUGAGGGAUGACGAAUUUGGCUACGGCCCUAAGGGCAAGAAUUAUAUUUCACAUGUGGACGUUCCUGACCAUGUAGAAAACGCGUGGGCGAGACUGAAAAGGGUUCUGCAGCCCUCAAGGUAA